AUGACCUCGCGCGUCUCCUCUUCCACGUCCGCCUCAGCCUCUGGUCGUCGACCGUCCCUCUCAGCCAGGCGACUCUCCCGGAGGCUCUCGUCCCUCUCGGGCCUGGAAAAUGGCGAGCCUCCUACUCCUCGAGUCGCACCGGCGGCACAGGCCAUCACCGAAGAGAUUGCAGAGAUAAAAAGAUAUGAAGACUUCACCACCAUCGACUGGGUCCAAGAUGCUGCUCAGGAACAGCUGCGCCGCCUUGCUCGGCGGAAGGAGUCAAAGUUCUUUGAAAGGGACGGCGUCUUGGGCUGGCGGCGCAGACUGUGGGAGUCUUACGAUGCAGCCCAGGCAUGGAUCGUCAUAACGCUGGUGGGGAUCGUCAUUGGUGUCAAUGCCGCUGCUCUGAACAUCAUCACCGAGUGGUUAUCGGACAUCAAGAUGGGGUAUUGCACAACCGCCUGGUAUCUCAAUGAAGGCUUCUGCUGCUUUGGCUCCGAGGAAGGCUGCGACGAGUGGAAGAGAUGGACUUCGUUCACCAUUGUCAACUACUUCAUCUACGCCGUUUUCGCUGUGCUACUGGCCUUCGUUUCUGCCUACUUGGUCAAGUCCUACGCCCCCUACGCUGCCGGUUCCGGCAUCUCGGAGAUCAAAUGCAUCAUUGCCGGCUUCGUCAUGAAGGGCUUUCUUGGGUUCUGGACCUUUUUCAUCAAGUCGAUUUGUUUGCCUCUAGCCAUCGCUUCCGGGCUCUCGGUUGGCAAGGAGGGGCCGAGUGUCCAUUACGCUGUGUGCGUCGGAAACGUCAUCUCCCGAUUCUUCGACAAGUACAAACGAAGUGCCUCAAAAACCCGAGAGAUAUUGACGGCGACCGCCGGAGCUGGGGUGGCUGUCGCUUUCGGCAGUCCCAUCGGUGGUGUGCUGUUCUCCCUAGAAGAGAUGGCGUCUUAUUUUCCGCUAAAGACCCUGUGGAGGAGUUAUUUCUGCGCGCUUGUUGCGACGGCGGUGCUGAGUGCAAUGAAUCCCUUCCGCACCGGUCAGCUUGUCAUGUUCUCCGUCAAGUACGAUAGAGACUGGCACUUUUUCGAGAUCUUCUUUUACAUUAUCCUUGGUAUCUUCGGUGGACUUUACGGUGCCUUCGUCAUAAAGUGGAACCUUAAAGCUCAAGCAUUCCGGAAAAAAUACCUGUCCAAGUACGCGAUUCCAGAAGCUGUCAUUCUGGCAGGUGCCACCGCGCUUCUUUGUUACCCCAAUAUGUUUCUUCGAAGAGACAUGACCGAGAUGAUGGAAAUGUUGUUCCGAGAAUGUGAGGGUGACUACGACUAUAACGGACUCUGCGAGGCAAAGAAUCGACUCUCCCUCAUAGGGUCUUUGCUGGUUGCAACUCUCUUGCGCAUAUUUCUUGUUAUCAUUUCCUACGGGUGCAAAGUGCCUGCAGGUAUAUUCGUGCCGUCAAUGGCAAUUGGGGCCUCGUUUGGCCGCAUGCUGGGAAUGAUUGUACAAUGGCUGUAUGAGACAUUUCCCGAUUCAAAGUUCUUCUCUGCUUGUCAGCCUGAUGUGCCUUGCAUCACCCCUGGCACGUACGCCUUUCUGGGAGCGGGCGCAGCACUCAGUGGGAUCAUGCAUCUAACGAUUUCAGUCACUGUCAUCAUGUUUGAGCUUACUGGGGCUCUGACAUACAUACUUCCAACGAUGAUUGUCGUCGGGGUCACGAAAGCGGUGGGAGACCGAUUCAGUAAAUCGGGUAUCGCAGAUCGGAUGAUCUCCUUCAGCGGCUUCCCGUUCCUCGACAACAAAGAGGAACACUCCUUUGGCGUAUCGGUAUCCCAAGUCAUGACCGGAAACAUUGCGAUGCUUCCCGCAACAGGAAUGGAGGUCAAAGCUGUGCGGAAACUACUCGACGACACGUCCUACUCUGGGUUUCCGAUCGUAGAGGACAAAGACUCGAGGAUUCUCAUGGGCUACAUUGGGCGGACUGAGCUCCAAUUCGCGAUCGAUCGAGCCAAAAGGCAGGGUGCAUUAGCCUCAGAUGCCAAAUGCAUUUUUGCGAGUGAACGGGAGGAUGGCACCGAAGCGCCUGCGCCUCUCAGUCCGACUGUUACCUUUGACUCAAUGGCGGUACGCAGCGUGGAUUUCAGCCCAUUUGUUGAUGCGACUCCUAUAUCUGUCCAUCCCCGCUUGCCGCUGGAGACGGUGCUGGAAAUCUUCAAAAAGAUGGGCCCAAGGGUCAUCCUCGUCGACCACCAUGGUCGUCUGGAAGGGCUCGUCACAGUCAAAGACUGCUUGAAGUACCAAUUCAAGGUCGAGGCACAAGAACAUUCCGCGGCUGGGAGGGACGGGGCUGUAACACAGCAGGAUCAAGUCCUCGAUGUUCUUGGCAAAAUUGUCGACUACGUUGUGGACAAGAUCAACAAUCUAUCCCGCGGCAGGCUGAGGUUGAGUCCUCGGACUGCCAGCGGAUGGACGAGAGUGGCAGGAGACGAUAGACGACGAGAUUUCGCAGACGACUACAGUCAUGAAAAUGAAAUAUUGGACGGGACCGAAGAUGUGACUGAGCAUGGUCAAGAAGGUGUCGAACUAGAUACAAGAUAG